AGCGCGCGCCAAAGCUCAAAGUGAGCGGAGCGCGCGGAGCGGGAGGAAGAGGAGCUGAAUGUGGAACAAACACCGACGAACUUCUCCUCUCGGUGUCGCAGGAUCGGUGCUUCCAGCGCGGGUUCGGCUGGGCGGGUUCGGCUGGGCGGGUUCGGCUGAGCGGGUCUCUGCUGGUUCUGGUUCCUGAGGAUCCUCCGAUCAGCCAUGAGCCUGGUUGUCUCCCAGCAGCAGGCUAAAGCGGCGCCAGCCGUUGCCCGGACGACAGAGAGCGACUCCGACAGCGGAAUGGGAUCUCCAGCUGAGGAGGGGGUCACCCCCACCAUGGAGGAGCAGAGGGACAGCCUUCCAGAUUCAGAGGAAGACGAGGACAUCACGGCUCACAGGAAGCCGCGGCGUAACGCCAUCAGAGACAGCGACAGCGAGGAAGAAGCAGUGGAGAAGGGUGUGGCCGAGGCCCCGGGGUCCCCUGCUUCCAGCGGAGAGGAAGAGGAGGGCAGGAGGGAUGGAGCGCAGCGGAGCAGGAGGAUCACCUGCUCUCCUGAGGAGGAGGAGGAGGCUGUGACGGCGAGGAGGAGGGAGAAGAGUCAGAGAAACCGUGAGAAGAGGAGGAAACGUAGCAAAGCAGUGGAAGAGCUGAAGAAGAAGAAGAAGAAGAGGAAGGGAGCGGAGAGGAGCUCUGAGGAAGAGGAGGGAGGAGCUCAGCCUCCGCUUCUGAACGACAGCGGCUGCCUGCUGGGAGACCCAGACCUGUUUGACGCCGGCCUGGAUGAUGAAGACGAGGAGGAGGAGGAGUCUCUGGACGCCAUCCGAGCUGCGGCCAAACGGAAGCUGAAAAAACUGGAGGCUCCGCCCCUGGAUGAAGACGAGGAUGAGGAGGCUUCAGAGAAGCCUCAGCGUCAGGAGAGGAGAGCCGCCCGCGCCAGCAGGGACGCCAUGAAGCAGCUACACAGCGAGUCUCAGAGGCUGGUCCGCGAGUCCACCCUGGGUCUGCCGUACCACAUCCCCCAACCCAAGACCAUCGAGCAGUUCUUCAGGAGGAGGGCCCGGCCCCAGGGCCCCGCCAUGGCCUUGCUCAAGUCUUCCAGAUACUCAGAACUUAUGCUGGAGGCGCCGUCUGCUCCGCCCACUCAGCAGGAGGCCCCUCCUUCUCUGGAUCUGUCGGCCAAUCAGCUCCAGUCUGAACCUGCUGCCGCCUCGUCCCCGCAGCAGAACCUCCCUGCAGAAGCUGCACCAGAACCAGAACCAGAACCUGAGUCGGGUCCGAUGCUGCUGCUCUCUGAGAGUCUGGAGGAGGCGCCGGGUGCCGGUUCUGAACCCUCAGAUGUUCCUCUGGACCAGAACCUGAAGGCAGACGCAUCUGAAGUCCAACCAGCAGAACCUCAGGCGGAGCCCGCUUUAGGCUCCGGACCAGAACCGUCCAAACCCAAGAAGGACAAGCUGACCCGACUGAAGGAGCUGGGUUUGGACCCGCCUCCCGUGGCCAAGCUGAGCCCGGAUGACGGAGCGUUCGUUCGCCUCGAGCCGCCUCAGUCCAACCCAGGCGUGGAGGCCCUGAAGGAGCGCUACCUUCGCCACGUCCACGCCCCGGGUCGGCCCGCCGUGGAGCGGACCCUGCAGCUCACCGUGGUCCGUAAGGACGGCGCCCCCUCUGGCCGGGAGGAGCUGCACUCAGAGUCCAUCUCCGUCACCGUGAAGGAGGGAGCGGAGGAGCCGCUUCCCACCAAACCAGGAGAGAAGCUGCUGACCCUGAAGCAGCGGCUGCAGCUCGCCAUGGCCCAGCGCCGCCAGGAGGAGAGGGCCCGACGGGCCGAGCUUCAUCGCCUCGACAACGAAGACUGUGAGGAAGAGGAGGAGGAGGAGGAAGAUAUGACGGACGAAUCUGAGGAAGAGGGAGUGGAUGAGCUGCUGGGGAGGGAGGAGGAGGAGGAGGAGGAGGAGAAGGAGGAGGCGCAGAACCCGGACCCGGUGAACACAGACGGGACCCUGAUGCUGUUCCCAGGCAGCUCCUGCUCCCGGACCGGGGACGGCGUGAGGAGGUCUGGACCUGCUGGAACGGAGCUGAGCAGUAAGACGGAGGAGGACGACUCGUUGGUGAAGGACGAUCUGGCCGCCUCCAUGAUCACCUCCUACCAGCCCGUCAGCAGCCAGCGGGGGAGGGGCACCUCCUUCUGCUCCUUCCGUUCUCCUUCGCCCUGCUUCUUCCGGCCCACCUUCCUGGGUUCUGCCUCCAGGAGCUCCGGCAGACUGUCAGAGCGCUCCCUCUGCCUCCCCGUGGAGGACUCCCAGGACCUGUACGCCCCGCCCUCCCCCGGAGCCGACUCGGGCCCCCUGGGGGGAGCGGCGUCCGGCCCGGUUCUGGGGGGAGACUCCCAGGGUCGCUUCUCCCUGGAGGACGACGCCCAGUCCCAGCUGCUGGACGCAGAUGGCUUCCUGAACGUGGGGCCGCGUCCUGGGGACGCCUCGUCCCACAAGAGACAGCUGGUCCUGGACAGCCUGGACGAGAACGCCAUGGACGCCAACAUGGGGGAGCUGCUGGGGUUCUGCUCCGGGGGCUUUGGCUCGGCGGAGGGCGGCGCCGACGAGCUGCUGGGUCUCUGCUCUGGAGCGUUUCCUCAGACUCAGGCGGAGAAAGGGGAGGAGUCUGAGGGCGCCAUGGAGCAGCUGCUGGACCUGUGCUCCGGAAAGUUCCCCAGCCAAGGUGAGCGUUCCGACCCGGAAUCCUUGAUCCCAGAUUCAGGAAGUUCAGCUGAGGAACGUCUGGUUCUGCUUCCAGGUUCUGCUCCUUCAGCUCCGCCUCCUGCUGACAGGGAGGAGGAGCAGGAGCAGGAGGAGGAGGAGCAGCAGCAGGAGGAGGAGGAGGAGGGGGAGGAGCAGCAGGAGGAGGAGGACUGCGAGUUUCAUCUGCUGUCAGACGUGGAGAGCGAGCAGGUGAGACGGUUUCCUCUGACUUCCUGUUUGGUGCUUCUGCUUCCUCUGAACCUGAAGCCUGAUGAGCAGGAGGACGAAGGUGAGGAUGAUGAUGGUGGUGAGGAGGAGGAUGGAGCUGCUGAUGAAGGUGAGGAGGAGGACAACGACGUGGAGGAGGAGGAGCUCCAGGGAGUGUUUCUCCCGCGCAGACCAGAGAAGAAGAAGAAGAUGGCGCUCAGGGACUACGUGGACUCGGAGGCGGAGCUUUCAGGAAGCGAUGCGGACAGCGACGAUGACGAGGGCGACGAAGGCAGCGAGUACGAGGAAGAGGAGCUGCUGGAGGAGCUUCCUUCAGAUGAAGAGCUCCAGAACCAGGUCAACAAGAUCCACAUGAAGCAGCUUCUGGACGACGACAAGCGGCGCCUGAGGCUGUAUCAGGACCGGUACCUGGCCGACGGCGACCUGCACUCAGACGGACCCGGAAGAGCCCGCCGGUUCCGCUGGAAGAACAUCGACGACGGGUUCGGUGCGGACGGGUCGGGUCCAGACGGCGGCGAGGAGGGCGAGGAAGAUGAGGAUGUGGACCCGGCUGAGGUCCAGAGGAGGAAGGCCCGGUUGGAGAGGGAGCAGUGGCUCAGAGAGCAGACGCAGCAGAAGGUCCAGAAAGGAGAAGAUCUGGAAGCAGAAGACGCCGCAGACGAGGACAGCCGCUUCAUGAAGCUGGCCAAGAAGCUGACGGCCAGAACCCUGGAGAGGAAAGAACCUUCUCAGUCGGAUCAGAGGAACCCCUUCCAGAACCUUCCUCAGGUGCGGCGAGGUUCUCUGCUCAGUCAGCCGCCGGCGCUGCUACAGAAACUGGCCAACAUCUCUGAGGGGAACCCGCUGGCGCCGCGCAGCACCAGAGGCUUCCUGUUCCACGCCGUCUCCCCAGAGAAGGUCCACACGGCGCCGGAACCCGCUCACAAGCAGGUGGCGAAGAAGAGGAUCCAGGUGGAGGUGCAGAACCCGGCGGCCAAGAGGCCGUGCAGACGGAACCGCGACGCCGGACCCGCCCAGAACCCUCAGAGGAGCAUCUUCAGCUUCCUGGACCACUGAGGCGCCGCCGAGGCCCAGAUGGACCUUAACUGCCGGGGCCUGGAGUGGGCCCCCGGUCCGCUGGGCCCCUGGUCGGCCGGGCCCUGAGCGGGUCCGCCGGGCUGGAGCGGGUCCGCAGGGGCCCCCGGGGCGAGUCCUGAAUGUUUCCUGUAAAUAUUGUGAUUCUGAGUCGGUUUGUUUUGUGUAAAUAAAAGUGUAUUUUAAGACGU